GCGCCGGCGCCGGCGGGACGUGUGGCGGCGGCUGGGUGCGGGCCAGCGGGCCAGCGGAGGGGUGGGAGGGGAAGGCCCCCGACGCAUCCCCCUCACCGCCCGGGCCUCCCUCGUCCCUCUGCCGACCGGCCUGGGUUCGAGGACCGCCGGCCCUCCCCGCCUCUCCCCGGCCUCGCUCAUUGGUUCAGCCCCGAACUGGGCGCCCUCGCGGAGGGGUGGGGGCGCACCGAGCCCGCGGGGGUGCAGGGAGGAAGGCCACGCACGCGGGGAAGGCGGCUCCCGCAGCAGGUCUCCAGGAGCGGGCGAGGUGUCUGCCGGGAGGUGCGGGGAAGCUCUGCUAAGUGCUUCAUCUGUGUUAUCCCCGCGUCUGCAUCAGGAAACCAGUUCCUCGCCCGGUUGUGGCUGAGGAAGCUGACGCCCUAGUAAUUCUGCCCUCCCCGUGCGCGGCCUCGCUGCUGCACCUGUGCGCGAAGUGUCUGCCUAACGUCCUCUGAGCAUCUCUUGCCUCGGCUCUGAAUCCCUUGGCCCUCUGAGGGAAUCCCGCCCGGUAGAUGGCUCAGCCCCUACCUGCUAGGUUGUGUACACCUGAACCAGUCGACUACAAAUGCAAAAUAAAGUGCUCCAGAGCCUGGGCUUUCCAGAGGACGGAGAGGUGGCAAUUGGAGUCGCUGAAUGCAUCAGGAAGGCGGCUGAGUUGAGCUGGGCGGGACUCGCAAGAUCGAUGAAAGGACCUUCCAGGUCUGGGAUGCCAAAGCAAAGACUCCCAGGUGGGUGAGGAAGGGAGAUGGCUCCAGUUUGCUCUAACCAAGGUCGUUUAUCAGUUACCCCACCGUCACAGAUCGCACCAGGAAGUUCAACACAGUUCUUUCAUGCUGCUCUGGAACAGGUGUUGAAAACCUAGAUAACCGCAGGGAUGGGCAGAUAAGGCGGACAAGUUAGGGCGCUUGGGGACGCUGGGAAACAGGAGAGUGCAAGCUCUUCUAACCAGAGCUGCAACCUGCCAAGCAGCAAAGCUCCCAGGGUGGCCAGAUGGUCCCAAAAUCCAAGAAGAUCGGUCAAGAUUCUUCUAUGAAAUCCCCGCCAUCUGAACAUAUAGGAUUCUGCCCUGCCCCUCGGCUCUGCAUCUGAUGGCUGGGAUUCCAGGGAUCUUGUUUUCCCCCGAUUGUUGUUAUUCCUGUUGUCAUCAUGUGAACUCUUUCCCCGGCCGCAUCACCAUCCUACAACCUGGAGUGGUCCUAAGGAAUCUCAAGAUUGGAAUUCUCCAGUCUUGGUGGAGUGUGGACCAUCUAGCAUACCUCUUUUUUGGCAUGAUAAUCUCCUGACAAAUCUCUCUGCACAUAGGUGCAGUUUUUCCAUUUCUGGAAACAGACCCUGCUAUCUCUAUUCAGGGCCAUCAAGCCUGUGCUGGAAGGUUUCUCCCAGUCUUGGAAUACUCAAGUUCACUUGGACUCUCUGCUUUGUUCUGGAAGUGUGUGGGCCUCAGCUCAGGCCGUGUCAAAACAGACCUCCCAGGAGGGCAGAACUUGUUUUUCUCACCCACAAAGCUGGACUCAUCUGUUUGGAUAGGAGACCAUUUCCUUACUUCUCUUACCUUCUUUGUAAUAUUCACAUGACUCACAUUCCAAGUCAUUUAUGCUGGCAUGCCUUCAUUCCUGGUACUCUCCACUGUCUCUCCCCCCGACCUGCUGCGGCCGCUCCUUAGCCCACGCCCCAGGAAUGGUCCCUGUGGUAGCAGCUGGUGUCAUUUCAAGAGGUAGCGACAUUUGAGGAGAUGACCAAAGAUUGGAAGUGUUUGAAAGGUCUGCUGCAGGGACACAAUGCUGGACAGUUAUGAGAACGUGGUCCCUCAGGUUCUCCUUGAUGCCCCAGAAAGCUGGAAAUAACCCCCCUGGUGUUUCCACUACAAGUGAUCUGGAAAUGGAGAUACAUAACAUGAGAGAAAAGUUUCUUAAAAGCGUGACAAAGUUAGUAGAAAGCAAAAGUUACAAUAGCAAGGUAUUUUCCAAAGAAAAGUACUUUCAAACAAUAAAGGAAGUCAAAGAAGCUAAGGAAAAGGGGAAGAAGUCCUCGCGUGACUACCGCCGUGCAGCAAAAUAUGACGUGAUCUCUGUGCAAGGCACAGAGAAACUAAUAGAGGCGACCCAUGGAGAACGGGAUCGAAUUCGGUAUUAUGUGCAUAAGGAAGAGUUGUUUGAUAUUCUCCAUGAUACGCAUCUCAAUAUUGGGCAUGGCGGGCGGACACGCAUGCUCAAGGAGCUACAAGGAAAAUAUGGGAAUGUCACCAAAGAGGUCAUUGUCUUGUAUCUGACGCUCUGUGAACAGUGCCACCAGAAGAACCCGGUACCCAAGAAAGGUCUUGCCCCCAGGCCCAUGGCUUUUAAGGACACUGACUCCAGAUGCCAAGUUGAAGUACUUGACAUGCAGUCAAAUGCCGAUGGUGAGUUCAAGUUUAUUUUAUAUUACCAGGACCACUUGACCAAGUUUAUUAUUUUACGGCCGUUAAAAACAAAGCAGGCCCAUGAGGUGGUCAGUGUCCUAUUGGACGUUUUCACGAUUCUUGGUACACCUAGUGUGUUAGACUCUGGCAGUGGCGUGGAGUUCACAAACCAGGUUGUUCAUGAGCUUAAUGAGGUAUGGCCGGACCUAAAGAUUGUCCGUGGUAAGCAGCAGCCUGGCCAGGGCCCAGGCUCCCUGGAGCAAGCCAGCCGUGACGUCAAGAACAUGAUAAAUGCCUGGAUGCAGAGUAACUGCUCACGUCGCUGGGCCGAAGGCCUGAGAUUCAUGCAGAUGGUGAGGAAUCAGCUGUUUGACAUGUCCUUGCAGCGAAGUCCAUACGAAGCAAUGUUUGGUUUUAAGGCUAAACUCGGGCUGUAUUCCUCAGACUUACCCCAGGAAACCGUGGCUGUCUUACAAACAGAGGAGGACCUGGAAAUUGCCGAAGAACAGCUAGAAAGUAGCCUUUGGAUCAGGCAGGAAGAAAGGGCUGAGGUUGGAGCAGACAAAUCUGAUAUGGAUGAGGACCUCAAUCCCACCGCUCCGGAAGCUGCAGAGCCCAGCACCUCACAGGGGGCCCUCUUCUGCUGGUGACCAGGCCAUCUGGGAAAUGCUGCCAGAUUCCCUGGGGAAAGGAACAUGAAGGCUGGACUCUCCCAUCGGUCAAAUUGUCCAUGGCAGUCCUUGCUCAAAGGGGAGAAACGGGUCGGGUCCUUGACCUGGGGCCACCAUGACAAACGACCACAACCUUGGCAGCCUAGAGCAACAGGAAUUUAUGGGGCCAAAAGUUCAGAAUCAGUGCUCCUUCUGGGGGCCCUGAGGAAGAAUCCAUUCCAUGCCUCUCUCCUUUCUCUGGUGGUUGCUGGCAAUCCUUGGCUUGUACAAGUCCAGUCUCUGCCUCGUCUUUCUGUGGGUCUCCACCUGGCCUUCUCCCCUCUGUCUCAGUGUGUGUUCUCCUUUUCCAUCUCUUAGAGGACACCAUUGGAUACCAAAUCCAUCUCAUUGAGUUUAAGGCCCACCCCAGUCAAGGAUGAUCUCAUCUUGAGAGCUUCCCCUUAACUAUAUUUGCAGACCCUUUUUCCAAGUGAGGUCAGAUUCGCAGGUAUUGGGGGUUUGGCCCUGGGCAUAUCUUUCUGAGGGACAGAGUUCUACCAACUACAGUCAGAAGAGGAGUAUAUUUGCCUGCAGAACAUGAACUGAUGGGGUCUCAAGUGUAUAGAGCUGGUGGUGGUGCCCUCCAUAUAUGCAUUCCUUCUCCUGCCAAAUCCUGCUCCUCAGGCAAUAUCCCAAAAAUUGGGAGCAUCAGAGGAAAAGAUGUAGAUGAAGGACAAGUAACAAGAAAAGAGAUUGGUCCAGCAUACCCUGGAGACUGGCCACCUCGGCACCUGCACUCUGUUUCCCGCUUCAAGAAAAACCAUAGGUGCCAUCCCUGCUCUCAGAAUGGCAUGCUUAGGGAAUGGUGUGACCUGCCUGGAACAUAUUUUAAAAGUUGGCCAGAAUUAAGACAUGGCUGGGAUUUAGGUCUGAGUCUGCCAGUUGUCUCUGCCUCAAGAAUAGAAAAGCAUGUCUUUCUGGAAGAGGUCAGUACAUUCCAGGAAAUGACCAGUCACCAGGGACUCUGGAGCAAGGGGCAAACAUGGGCCAGAGGUCCCUGCUCCGGCCAGAGAAGACUAGAGCAAGGGCCAGUCUGGGUCAUGGUUCAGGGUAAGGAGAACUGACCUGGCUGAGGAGAAGGAUAAUGCCCUGGAUCUGUGUACUCCUGUGUUCCCACGGCCUAGACGAAUGCCUAGCCCGUCGGAGGUGUUCAGUAAGGAUUUGUCAUGGGAACGAAUGGUUCUGCAGAGAUGGGCACAGGAAGGAGAGGGGUCUGGUCUUUUUUCCCCCAUGCACCCUUCCCGCAUAUCCUGGAGCCAUCCAAAGCUCAUACUGAUGGCCCCUCAAGCCGGUUUCCUCCUCCAUAAGGGGCAGGACCUACCCCUACCUACAGAGGGGGAGACACUGCCUGCUUCACAGGGUUAUGAAGGGCUUUGUCUAAACACUGAAGUUCUACCACGUGAGUUGUCCUUGCUACCAGUGGGGCCCGUCCCCCACGUGAAAGUUGAAGGCCUCUGCCCUUCCUUUGCUGGUUAAACUGUGUUACAGGGAGGCUACAUGAUUAUUAUUAGGAAGGAGGUGAUCGCACCUUCCACCUUGUUCUGGGGGCCACGAUCUUGCUCCAUCCUUGGCCGGGACCUCACUCUGCAUUGCUCCUUUGUCACCUGGCAGGGUCUCUCGGAGGCCUGGCUCGACUGUUGUUACCCACCCUCAUGCUGACCUCCCACCUCAUGGUUGCCGGGCAAACCAGGAACUGCAUCAUGGACCAUGCGGGUGAGCGGUGAGAUGAAGCACAGCAUCUCCGCCUUCCCCGGGGAGGGGCUACAGAUAACCCAGGUUUCCUGAGCUGCUGCAUCGCCACUCUUCCUUCCCCUUUUAUUUCGUAAUAUUGGUGGUGGGAGAGAGUUAGAGGUGGACACCGAGACCUGGCGUGGCCUUACUCUGCGUUUCAGUAUCUGGAACAGAGGCUACUGGGGCACCACCAGAUGCUCUCAGGGUGCAGAUGUGGUUUGUGUGUGAAACUUAAAACAGUCACCACCAUCACUCUCAAAACGAGAUUGCAUAUACACCUCUUGAAAACUUGGAAAACCUGGCCACACCAGGCCCACGUCUUUGCAUCGCAACGAAGGCCUGGAGCUCACUGGUAGCCCCCAGGGGGCAGUCUGCGCAUGUCCUCCAGGCGGCCACCUUCUGGCCACGCAGAAUCCGUGCAAGUGCAUUUCUGUGGCCCGUUGCUGAAGAAAGGCACCGUGAGGGCACCUGGGUGGCUCAGUUGGUUGGGCGACUGCCUUCGGCUCAGGUCAUGAUCCUGGAGUCCCGGGAUCGAGUCCCACAUCAGGCUCCCUGCUCGGCAGGGAGUCUGCUUCUCCCUGUGACCCUCUUCCCUCUCGAGCUCUCUAUCUCUCAUUCUCUCUCUCUCAAGUAAAUAAAUAAAUAAAACCUUUAAAAAAAAAAAAAAAAAAGGCACCGUGAAGUCAUAAUAUGAACCAAGGCCAGAAACUGACCUCUGUUACCUUUAAGAAUUUAUGAUGAGGGUGCCUGGGUGGCUCAGUUGGUUAAGCGACUGCCUUCGGCUCAGGUCAUGGUCCUGGAGUCCCGGGAUCGAGUCCCGCAUCGGGCUCCUUGCUCAGCAGGGAGUCUGCUUCUCCCUCUGACCCUCUUCCCUCUCGUGCUAUCUCUCAUUCUCUCUCUCUCAAAUAAAUAAAAUCUUUAAAAAAAAAUUUAUGAUGAAAGUGGCAUUCCACAUCAGCAGGAGGGGUGGUAUUAGUCAGUUAAUGGUGCUAGAUCAGUUAGCUGUCCAUCAGGGAACACGAAGUCUGAUUCCUAAAGAAGAAAUGGAACUAUAAAAAUAUUGGGGGAAAAUGGGGGGAUUGUCAUGAUCUUGGAAUGGAGAAAGACUUCCUAAGCACCACAUGAAAUUCAAAAGCCAUAAAAGAAAAGGCUGAUAUACUUGCCCUCGUGAAAAUUUUCAAAUAUCUAUGGGAAAUACUGCUGUUUAAAAAGUGAACAAAGAUAAGUAACAUUGGGAGAAAAUAUUUUCAACAUCUAAAACAUCCUAGUUUUUAAAAAGGAUGCUUACGAAUGAAUAAUGAGAAGAACAGCCAAUAGAGAGCAAACAGAGGCUAACCACAGAAGAAAAACGGGUAGUCAAUGCUUCACGUGCCUGCGUGCAGCUGUGGGUGAUCGAAGAACCCUGGGCUUGUCAUCAGAGCAGGGCUCUCUGUGUCAAUGAAGCCGACUCAAGUUAGAAAAUCUUAAUGUUCUCCAUUGUGCAUGUAGGAGAAGAGACACGGGCCUUGUAGUCCUGUCUUGAUUGAACAAACCUUCCUGAUAAGGAGGUACAGUGAUUGCUACGUUAUUUUCAAAAGACAGCUGUAUUAGUUUCCUGGGGCUGCCCCCAAUAAACUGGGGGUCCGAAAGAACAGAAAUGUAUUGUGUCACAGUCUGGAAGCCAGAAGUCUGAGAUCAAGGUGUCUGCAGGGUUGGCUCCUUGCCAGGGCACUGGGGAGACUUCCAUGCCUCUCAUAGCUUCUGGUAGCCUCAGGUGUCCGUGGGCUUGCAGAUGACAUUCUCUCCAUGCAUUUGCAUCUGUGUGUGUGUGUGUAUGUGUGUGUGUGUGUGUGUGUGUGUGUGUGUGUGUGUCUGUUUGUCUGUCUGUCUGAAUCCGUGUCCAAGGGCCUCCUUCUAAGAAGGACCCCAUCAUGUUGGAUUAGGGCCCACCCUAGUGAUGUCAUUUCAGCUUGAUCGUCUGCAUCCUCAUUUGGCAAUAAGGUCACAUUCAGAAGUACUGGGAGGUAUGCCUUCAACAUCUUUUUUGGGGGGGUGGAGGUGGGGGAUACAGUUCAACCCAGAGCAGCAAGCAAUCAGAACGACAGUUUAUUUUCAGAGGUAAUUUUUAUGCUGUGUAGCAACAAUUUCUAAAGUCUUGGGAGACUUAACAAAAUCCCAAAUAACACUUGCAAGAGCAGAUUAUAUUAACAGAAAACAAAAAAAAAAAAAAUUGGUAGCAGUUACAAACGUUCGUGCAAAUCUUCGUUUUACUCAGAAGCAAACUGAUGUUAAGGAAGAUCUUAAUACCUUGUCCUACUGGAUCAUUUGGCUUAGUUUUUUGAUGUGGAAUGACAUCUACCCCCACAUCUGUCAGAGCGGGAGUGUUGCCACAUCUAUCCGAGACUCCCUUUGUGACUUAUUGAAGACUUGUAUUUUUAGGGCUAAUCUCUAGAAUUCUGUUAGGAGGCCCAUGGAGUUCAAUUUUACUAGAAUACAAUGGAGAGCGGGCUAACAAAGACUUUGCUCAACAGUGAGGGAAGGAGUCUGUAGACUCUUCCACGGACCUCAAGCACUGCCUCUUGCAUGCGCACACCUGUAACCUUGACCAUCCCCUGAACUCCAAGCUCAUCUUCGAGAGGGAGCUGAUGAUAACUCCAACUUCAGGUGGUGACUGUACCUGGUACUACCAUGGUGACCACCGAGUAAGGUAUAGAAUUGUUGAAUCCAUAUGUCGUACACCCGAAACUAAUGUAGCAUUGUAUGUUGAUGAUGCUUCGAUUAAAAACAUUUGUUGAGUAAU